AUGAAGGUUCCAAACGGCUCGGACGGUACACCCUCCGUGGAAAGCACGGAAAAGGUUUCCCUUACCGACGAUGAAAUCGUGCCGAACGAGCGCUCAAGGCCUACGAGCUCCCUGGAUCUCAGCGCGAACGGCCAGCCUCGCUACUCCAUCCAGAAGUUGCGAGAGCCACCAAACGUUUUCCAUACGCUUGGCGCGUCUCUACUCGGAAGCACCGGGCGACAACUUGAAAACGGUAGUGAUAGAGGAGACCACAUUCCAAGCCGCCAACGUUUUCAACAACGAGACCAAGGCCGCCUUGGGGCGUGUCCUAUGCAGCCUCGGUUCGACUGGAAACGUCUCGGUCGCUCGCUCGCUACUAUCGGACGCCAAUUACCACAUGUGUGCUCCAAGUUAAUCACAGACUUUGGUACGUGGCUGCUCGACUCAUUUUCGGACCUAGUGCGUCGAUCUUCGGCAUUUGUACGCCGCUACUGGGUUGCGCUGUUGCUACUGGCGCUUGCAGGCGUCGGGCUCGCUCUACUGGGCAGACUCGUUUUUGAACCGCUUUCUUGGAAGGGUUGGUUUACCUUCGCUGUCCUACUCCUGCUGCUUGCUUCACUCAUUUGUAGCUGGCUACCAACGGAGGUUUCGUUUGCGUAUGCGGUUGUCACCCUCAUGGCCUUUUUCGUGAUCUCGCCAGCCGAAGGCCUGAUCGGCUUCUCUAACACCGGUGUUGCCGCCGUCGCUGUCUACUUCAUGGUAGCGGAGGGUGUUUACAGAACUUCUGCUCUGCGCACGAUCUUUCGAAUACUAUUGGGACGCCCAUCUUCGCUUUUGAUGGCACAGGUACGCACAUGUCUGCCAGCCGCAGUCGUGUCAGCUUUCUUGCACAAUACACCUACGAUGGUGAUGAUGAUUCCCGGGGUUCAGCGAUGGGCGCGUUUUAACGGCCUCUCUGGAGCGAAAAUUCUCAUGCCUCUGAACGAUGCUGCUGUCCUUGGUGGCUCGACAACCAUCAUCGGCUCGUCGGUGAACCUCGUAGUGCUUGGUCUCGUCCAGCAGACGAACGUGCUGGACCCAGCCACGAACCAUGUCGUCCAGUUUGGGAUCUUUAGCAUCACCAAGUUGGCAAUCAUCAAUCUGGCAGCCUGCCUCGUGUUUAUUUUCGUGUUCAGCGGCAUGCUGCUCAAGGAUCGUGAAAACGUCGUGGAGGACGUAGUUGAGCACCCGCGCGAGUACACAGUCGCUGUUAUGGUUCGCGAAGGAUCACCGAUUGUUGGUCUAACAAUCCAGGAGGCAGGCUUACGCGCCCUCAAGGGUCUCUUCUUGGUAGAGCUGUCACGAAAGAACGGUAACUUGAUCGCUGCCCCGGGCCCGGAUACGGUGAUUCAGGCGCAGGACGUUUUGCUCUUCGCUGGUCGCUUGGAAACCGUCGCCGAGCUCUACUUAAUCGACGGGAUCAUACCAGCAUCGACGCAUACUCGCAAACUCUCGGUGCAGAUGCACCGGCGCAGACUCUACGAAGUCGUUGUUUCGCCGUUCAGCUCCCUGGUGGGCCACACCAUCCGGGAGACCAACUUUCGGCGCAAGUACCAUGCUGCAAUCAUUGCCGUUCAUCGUGGCGGCGCCAUUGUGCGGGAGAAAAUCGGUGAUAUUCAGAUUCUCGGUGGAGAGACCUUCAUCGUUGAAGCGAGCGAAGAUUUCGGUGAACGCUACGCUCGAGACUCCGACUUCAGCCUCGUAAGUGAGGUGAGUGGCACUGAGCGGCCCCGGGAGGAUCUCCCUCAUAUGCUCGCAGCGGGUCUCUUUGUCGUGCUGAUGAUCGCUUUUGCAACCACGGGAUUCAUGUCGAUUUUCGUGAGUGCGAGUCUCGCCACCAUAGGGAUGCUCAUUACGGGGUGUAUGACUUUUCGGCAAGCGGGCGCCUCCGUGCAAUUGCCGAUUCUGCUCACCAUAGGUGCGGCCUUUGGUAUCAGUGAAGCGAUGCAGGUUUCGGGGGUAGCCGCCCAGCUUUCGCUGCUUAUUGUGAAGAUCCUGCGCCCGUUGGGGUCGAUUGGAAUCCUCUUUGGCAUCUACGUCAUCACUGCAUUGCUGACGAAUGCCAUUACGAGCAUUGGAGCAGUGACGUUGACGUUUGCGAUCGUGGCAAGUAAGGGCACAGGGAUUAUCUACCUGACGCAGGUGAACGUGUAUGCGGCGCUCUAUACGAUGAUGGUCGCAGGAAACUGCUCCUUCAUGUUGCACACUGGCCACCAAACGAAUCUCAUGGUGCACGGCGCCGCGAAUUACCGCGUCUCCGACUGGUUGAAACUCGGCGUGCCUCUUCAGCUCGUGAGCUGUAUUGUGACGGUGGUGGCUGCCAACUUUCUGUACCGGUCCUAG